AUGCCGUCGUCUAAAAAUAAGCCAAAAUUGUCUAAAGAAGAAAUAGCCUUAAAGAAGUCAAUUGCUGCAAAAGCUCGAUUAAUGAAGAUUAAAAGUGAUCCUGUUUUACUAUCUCAACACAAAAAGCUAGAAAGAUUGAAAUAUCUGAAAAAGAAAGAAAAAGGACAGCGAAAUUGUAUUAAAGAUAUGACUCCAAGAGAACAAAGAAAGAUUAGAAAAAAAUGGAAGAAGUACUCAUCUGAUUAUAGACUAAACCAAAAAGUUAAUCAAGCCGGCAAUAAUCACGCCAUCAUCUAA